AUGGCAACUGGGCUGCCCGUUGUGCACUUGAUCGUCGUCUUGGUCGUGGUCGUGGUAUUGGCGGCUGUCGUCCAUCCAACGGGGGCCAUCGACUUUGGCUAUCAUCCGAGCGCCGAAGAGUUCGAUAGCCUGGUGCGCCAAGGCUGGGGUCGCGAUCUCCUCCAGCGUCGCGUCCAAGAUCGCCCUUUUGUGCCGCGCUACCAGCAUCAGACCUCCAUUCGCUUCGAGCCGCCAGAACUGGACUUCCAGCUGUUCGACAAGGAUCAGGAUCCGGAGCAGGCACACUCCCAACCCUAUGUCUUUGAGUCGGUGGAGGAUAACCAAGCGGGCGCCAGCAAUUCCGAUCAGUUCCAUGUGCAGAGCGAACUGCUGGAGAUCAAGGAGCCGCAUCCUUCGCACAAACCCCAAACGCACCAGCCACAAUCCGCCGGCAAUGGCACCACAUUUCCCAUCUACUUCACCCAUCCAACCACCGGCAUUGUCUACGCCAUCAGCCAGGUGGGAGCGGGCGUGGGAGUGGGAGUGGGUCAGAGUCCCAGUGUGGUGCACACGCAAAGUCGCAACGACAGCAACGCCAUUGCGAUCUAUGUGACCAAGGCGCAGUACGAUGCCGAUAUGGAGAGUCUGCGCAGGCAAUACGAGCAGCAGUGCCAGCCAGUUCCAGCGGGCACGGUCAUAUCCACGCUGAAUGCAGUGCAUCAUGGUGGCACCACCGCCAGGCCGCAGAUCAUUCGGCUGAAGAAGCCCAAGAAUCCCCUGGCCAAGCCCAGUAACAAAUUGCCCAAUCCAAACUAUCGUCCGCCACCGGUGAUGGUAACCAGUGGACCCAUCGCUCACGUUUCCGAUCAGCUGCUCAAGCUGCCCCACCGCACGGGCAGCACCACCACCAGCAGCACCACCAAAGGCACCACAACUUCAAGGCCAAAUACGCGUCGCAAGAAGCGCAAGAAGAAGCCAAAGAACAAGACCAAGGUGAUCAAACGGAGGCCGGGCUAUGGCGGCAACAAUACCAGAAGUCCGACUGGCUCCUUGCCCAUCAUCCUGGGCAAGAGACCUAGCACCACCACCAGCACCACCACCACAACGCGACCACCGCCGGCUUAUACGCAACUGGAGAAACCACAUGCGCCGCAGGCCACACUGCCCACCACUUCCAAUGUCUUCAGUCAGCACCUGUUGCGGAGCGGUCUGGAGUCGGCGGAAGAAAGUGAAACACUGGAGGAGCAGGAACCACUUCGAAUGGAUGAGCCACUCAGUCUUAGAACACGGCGUUCGCUGGAAGAUGUGCCAGGAGUGGAAGGAGUGGAACCACUUCAGCCAAGAAGAACUUCCUCUUUGAAGGCGCUGAUCAAAAGGAGAGUCUUAAGAAGUGCUGUUGGGAGAUCUAGGCGAAAUAAGGAAACAAAAGGAGGAAGCUUGAAGCAGCAGGAAGAAGUGGAUGCCGCUGGAACACUUCACCUUAGAAGUCGUCGCUCUGUGGAAAGUCCUAAAAAACCAGAAAGGGCUGCUAAAGUUUCUCGAGAAGAAGCUGCAAAAGCGGUCACCACUGAAGCUGCGAAAGGAUCACCGAAAGUCGUUGCUAAGAAGUCCAGAACUAAACUCUCCAGAGGAUCCUCCCAUGGAGUAGCAGCUCGACGGGUGAGCACGCCCAAAAGACGCUCCCCGAAGGGCAGUUCCAGAAAGCGCAAGACCAAGCAGCAAACACCACCAACCACGCAGCAGAAGGAGAAGACUUCGGCUGGUGUACUGCACAUACCCACCGCCCUGCAUCUGCUCCACAGGAAUCACAGCCAGGAUGAAGCACCCAAAGCUGCAAUGAAUGCCAAUCCAAAGAAGAAAAAGAAAAUUAAGGAACGCAAACGCGGAAGACCCCAGCUGCCCUCUUUCGAUAUAUUCGAGCUCAUGUCCGACGGCGACUACGAGGAUGAGGGAGGAGAGGAGGAGGAGGAGGACGACGAUGAAGACUACUACUUCGAGGACGAGCACAAGGAUAGGUAUACAGAGAAGCGCCAUGAAAGUAGCAGCACAGAAACAGCACAAAGUGAUCUCAAGCAAGACAGCAGUUCCGCGGAGGAGGGCGCUGACUUUGGAGCCAUGGUGGAGGAGGAAACGACGCCCACGGCGAUCAUAUCGAGCAGCGAGGAGGAUGAUGCCACGUCCAGCAGCAAGAACUCCAUGGCCAAGAAGAAGAUUCGCAUCAAGAGGCGACCAGUGGACUCCGAUGAGGAUUACGACGAUGACGAGGACAUCGGCAUCGCUGGCUUCUUUCGCAUGAUCUUCUACCCCGUCCAAGUGGCCAUGUCCCGGCUCAUAGACGGCUUCGGCAGUCCCGAUGAGCAGGAGGACAAGGAGCCAGCCAGUCCACCCGCAUCGAAGUAUCCCAGCUAUACGCUCUACCACAGCGCCCACAGCAACGAAGCCUAUGCCGAGCCGGAGGAUGAGGAGUCGGAGGACGACGAAGACUCCUCCUCGCUGGGCAGCUGGUUCGGCUCCUGGUUUGGCCUGCAGCGACGCACCAAGAAGAUCGGCAGCAGCACCACCACCACCACCGUGCCACUGCCAUUGCCGCCGCCCACCAAGGCGCCACCCGGCUGGCUGGAGUCCUGGUUCGGAUUCGGCUCGACCACGGAGGCGGAUGCGGAUGCGGAAGAUGACUACGACAAAUGGUUUUCCACCUGGUUCGAUUCGCGGCCAAAGCGAAAGGUUAGACGUCGCUCCACCACCUCCACAUCGACCACCUCGACGACAACCACGACGCACACACCAUCGGCGGCGGUGGCGGCGGCCCAAGUGCCCAUCCUGACCAUAGUGGAUCCACUGAGGAAUCCGCAGAACUGGAUUGGCAUACUGGCGCACCAUAUUGUCAAUACCACAGGCAGUGCCAUCUCCACGAGCACCAGUAAUCCGCUCCUCCAGGCACUGGCCACGCGCAUGACCACCAGGGGAACCACUAGCACCACCACCACCACUUCGCGGCCAGAGGUUCCCAGGCGCAUCAGCUAUGACAAGUACCAGAUUUGGCGCCUAAAGCCGCAGGAUGAGGAGCAGGUGCGCGCACUGGAGGCGUUCAAGAAGGGCGAGGACGGCGUCAAGUUGCACUGGCUCAAGGGUCCCAGUCUCAGAGGCCUGACGGAUGUGCUAGUGCCACCCAAAAUGCUGGUGGACUUCCAGGGCACCCUGAACUACGAGGGCAUAGCGCAUGAGGUGCUCAUUUUCGACGUGGGCAAGGCCAUCGCCUACGAGCUGACCAAGGAGGAUUACCUGCAAACCACUCGUCCCUCGAAGCCGCGACCCACGGCGCCGCCGCCCAUGACAUGGAAUCGUUACCACAAUCACGACGAGAUCGUCAAGUAUCUGGAGACGGUGCGAAUGCGUCAUCCGCAGCUGGUCGAGCUCAUCCACAUCGGUCGCUCCUUCGAGGGUCGACCCCUCAUUGUGGUCAAGAUCGAGUCCAAGCAAUCGACGGCGGCGGCGAACAACGAGGCUCUGCACACCACCAAGCGACCCAAGCGGAAGCGGAAGUCGGGCCAGGCCAAUGCCGUCUUCGUCGAGGCGGGUGCUCAGGGAUUGGCCUGGAUUGGACCCGCCACCGCCACCUGGAUGAUUGCCGAGUUGCUGCGCCUAAUGAAGUCAAACAAGAGCAACGAGGACGUGGAGUUCAUCCGGAACACCACCUGGUACAUAAUGCCGGUGCUGAAUCCGGACGGAUAUGCGUACAGCCACGAGUACGAUCGCUUCUGGAAGAAGUCGCGAUCGCAGCACCAGGCGCCGCCGCCCAGUGGCCUCCUCGACUCGGCGAUGACGUGGCUGCAGCAGAAACGGGGUCCGGAUAAGGUCUGCUACGGCGUGGAUCUGGACAGGAACUGGCUGUAUCAUUGGGGCAAAAGGGGCAGCUCCAAGGCGCCCUGCAACGAGUUCUACGCCGGUCCAGCGCCAUUUUCCGAACCGGAAACCAAGGCUGUCUCCGAAUUCCUCAUGGAUUACAGGACGCAGAUAAAGCUGUACAUUUCGCUGCAGGCCUAUGGACAGGUGAUAUCCUAUCCGGUCAAGGCCAAUUCCACAUUCAAUUCAGAGAGAUUGGACGACUUUCUGGACGUGGCGAUGGUGGGCACCGAUGGAUUGCGCAAGAAGGGCAGCAAAUCCCGAUACAAGGUUGACGCAUCCAACGAUCUAAUCGAACAGCGAUCGGGCUGUGCGGACGCCUUUGCCGCCUACGAGAUCGGAAUACCCUUCAGCUACACGCUCCAGCUGGCGGACAACGGCGUGCACGGCUAUCUGCUGCCCAGCAGCGCCAUCGAGCCCACGGCUCGGGACGCCUUCGAGAUCAUCAGCGGCAUGCUGGACUACAUAUGAGGCUA